AUGAGCAAAGAUAAAGAGAAGCCACCAGAGCCUCUUGAUUUCUUCAUUUGGACUGUUGAGGAUGUUGGCUUGUGGCUGGAAGAGAUCAAUCUUGGUGGCUAUUGCCAAAUUUUCAAAGAAAAUGGGAUCAAUGGGGAGUAUUUAGAAGGGAUGUCCAUGUUUACAACUGAGCAGAUACUGCGGUUCAUAAGGAAGUGCCACAUGAAAUGGGGGGAUUUCAUAACCUUGUGCAAGGAGCUUAGGCGAAUAAAAGUGGCUUGCUUGAAAGGGGAGCAAAAGAUACCCAAAGGGAAGUACCUUUUCCUCUGGGUGACAAUUUUCUGGCAAGGAGAAGGACUUGUUGGUUAUAAUAAUUGCUCUGAUGAAUGUUUUUCUUUCAUUGGCUAUAAGUUUAAGGCUCGGUUUGGUAAGCAUGAUGUAGAAGCUGGAACUGAAGUUACAGAACAAGGGUUACCUGAAGUUGAUGCGGCAAUGACGAAGACAUCAUCUAGACCCAUGGUGAAGUGCUGCUCCGACGAAGAUGGCAUUGGCUGCUGCUGUGCUUGGGGAACUUGCACUGAUGGAGGAGGGGAGGAAAUGAAGGAGGUAGGACACAAAUUGGAAGUGAAAUGGGGUUCCGAUCUUUGA